AUAGCCCUGGUUGGAAGCCUGAAGGGUAGCGAGGGGUGUCCCUGGCCCAGGGAGCUGGGUUGUGGGAAGCCCAACCUGACACUGGAGCAGCCGGGACCUCAGGUGGGGGGAGAGCCGGUGUCUACCUUCACAAGUCUGCUGAAGACUUGUCCUCAUCAGAGGGAGCUGGGGGGAUGGGGGUGGGGCCAAUGCCAGAUAGAGGGUACCCAUGCCUGCACUGCCCCCUAGUUUGGGGCCUCUAAGGAUAUCUCAAAAUUCUCAAGCCAAGAGAGAAGGAACUCCGGUGUCCCCUGCUGUUGCUACUGCCAGCCUUACAACCCUGGCAUCUGUCAUUGGCCACCUAGGUGUUGGCUUGGUGCCUGAGCCAGCAACCUGAGAAGGGGAGGAAGGGUGGAGGAGAAACUGAGGCUCCAGGAACCCACUGAGCUGCAAACGACGCCUGCAUGGCUGCUCAUGGGGCUGGUCUUACCUCUGUGCCAGCAAGUUAGUCUCAGGGCUCCACCAGCCCUGGUACUUGGGCUAUAGAGGAACUGCUCAGGAGAGGCUCCAGGCUUGGCAGGAAGUGGAAGUCGGGGGCCUGGGCUUCUGUCCAGGCAGCCUGAGGUGGCACAGACAGGCAAGAGCGUGGGGGUGAAUGCUAUCUGUCUGGGGUGCUUCCAGGAGCACCGCUGCCCGCCCAGGUAUUCCACCAGACCAGCUCAUCUGGCUCCACAGGGCACUGGGCUGGGCAGCACCCCCUAUGUGGUUGGGGGAGGGCAGAGGUGAGGAUUUGGGGAAGAGGCCUGGUCAGGCCAGCCUAAGGAGUGUGAACUAGGAGACAGGUUGGUACAUAUGCCCCAGGUACGCACAGGGUACCAGGCUUAGCUGUGUACUCCCAGAUGGGGUGGAGGACACCACCUCAGAACUGGCCAGGACCCAGAGGGUCCCCCUCCCGACAAGGAUGAGCACCCACAAGAUGCAACAGCUCCUGUGGCCUUGUUUGGUCUUCCCCUCCUUGGGCUGCCCUGAGCUUAGAGAUGGUGACAGUUCACCCACUCAUGCCCAUUCCAGGAUGUCUAAUGGGGCUAGAGUGUGGGGCUUGGCCCAGUGGGGCCCCUGCUGCUGCCUGAGUGCUGGGGUCAGGCCUCAGCUCUGGGUGGGAUGCUCUGGGCCCUUCUUGGGGAUAUGCACAACUGCCUUGAGCCCUGGCUAAGAGGGGCUCGUUGUCAGGGUUAAGGGCCUCUAACCCCCUUUGUGUAUUUGCCAUCUCCUAGAGAUCCUGCCCCUUCCAGGAUCCUGGUGGGUAAACCAGACUGUAGACAUUCAGGCUUCAGGCUGGCCACUGGCCUCCAGCAGCCUGGGCAGGAAGGCCCUUCUCAAGCUCACAACAGGCACCUCAGGUAGCUGCCCAGUCCCCUCCUCAUAGCACACACACACACCACCACACCUAUCUUAGAGCCCGCCCCUGGUCCCGCCCCGGGGCCUGCUUCUAGGUCAGGCUUGGGCACAACUUCCCAGGAGGAACAGGACAGGUACUACAGGCUGGGGCAGCCAUGGCUGGGGGCAUGUGGGAUUGCACCCGGCGGGCCCCAGUGGGGACUAUAACCCUGACAGCUCUGGCUGAAGGGAUCAGGGCCAGCCAGAGGCAGCCCCUGGGACCCCCUUUCACAGGCCCUCUGCCUGAGCCCUGGGAGCUUGAACAUGAGGCUGAACCCCAGCCCCAGGCACCUGCCCUCCCUGUCAAGGCUGAGCCUAGAAGUGGGGCCACUGCCCCCACAGCUGGCAGUGAGCCCUGCUCCUCAAACAGUGCCCCGGAGCGGGGAUCCCACCAGGCCUCCCAGACUUCCUCGGAGGAGAGGGCUCUCGCAGACCUUGCCUUGUACACAGCUGUCUGCCUGGAGGAGGCUGGCUUUGCAGGGACCCAAGCAACAGCGCUCACCCUGUCCUCAGCCCUGGAGGUCCAUGGGGCACAGCUGGAGGACCAGGUGCGUUCUCUGGUGUGCGGGCUGCUGGAACAAGUGCCCAGCCUGGCCGAGGGGAGGCCCUGGCGGGCGGCCCUGCGGGUGCUGAGUGCACUGGCCCUGGAGCAUUCAAGGGACGUGGUGUGUGCGCUGCUACCUCGCUCGCUGCCCCUUGACUGGGCAGCAGCUGAGCUCUGGCGCAGCCUAAGCCGUAACCAGCGCGUAAAUGGGCAGGUGCUGGUGCAAUUGCUGUGGGUGCUGAGCGCCACAUCAGGGCCCAAGCUGGAGGCACUGGCGGCCACACGGGCUCUUGGGGAGAUGUUGGCUAUUUCCGGCUGUGUGGGAGCCACACGGGGCUUCUACCCACACUUGCUGCUGGCGCUGGUCACACAACUGCAUGAGCUGGCUCACAGCUAUGCACAUGCCCCUGAUACUCCCAAGAUUUGGGUCCUGUCCCACCGAGGGCCACAACACAGCCAUGCCAGCUGUGCAUUGGAGGCCUUGAAGGCCCUGCUCACUGGGGAUGGGGGCCGCAUGGUGGUCACAUGUAUGGAGCAGGCAGGAGGCUGGAGGAGGUUGGUGGGAGCCCACACCCACCUGGAGGGUGUCCUGCUGCUGGCCAGGUGCUGGGCAGGGGUCAAGGGUAUGAGGGUGGUGCUGGGCAGGGGUCAAGGGUAUGAGGGUGGUCAUAUGGGGAAUUCCAUGAGGGUUGAGCCCCCAAGUGGAGGUGGAGCUCCCAUUUCCACCCAUCCCAGUGCCAUGGUGGCGCACGCGGACCACCACCUGCGAGGUCUCUUCGCAGACUUGCUUCCACGGCUGCGCAGCGCCAACGACCUGCAGCGCCUCACGGCUAUGGCCUUCUUCACGGGGCUGCUGCAGAGCCCGCCCACUGCACGGCUCCUGCGGGAGGAGGUCAUCCUGGAGCGGCUUCUCACCUGGCAGGGCGACACUGAGCCCACCGUGCGUUGGCUGGGCCUGCUCGGCCUCGGCCACCUCGCGCUGAGUCGCGGGAAGGUGCGGCACGUGAGUACGCUGCUGCCAGCGCUCCUGGGGGCGCUGGGCGAGGACGACGCAAGGCUCGUGGGAGCAGCGCUGGGCGCGUUGCGGAGGCUCCUCCUGCGGCCACGGGCUCCGGUGCGGCUCCUGAGCACGGAGCUGGGCCUGCGCCUUCCCCGGCUGCUGGACGACGCCCGGGACACAGUCCGUGCCUCAGCGGUGGGGCUCCUUGGGACGCUGGUGCGCCGGGGCCAGGGCGGGCUGCGGCUGGGGCUCCGUGGUCCCCUGAGGAAGCUGGUGCUACAGUGUCUGGUCCCGCUGUUGUUGCGCCUGCACGACCCAAGCCGGGACACUGCUGAGAGCUCAGAGUGGACCCUGGCCCGCUGUGACCAGGCCCUUUGCUGGGGCCUGCUAGAGGAUAUGGUCACUGUGGCCCACUACGACAGCCCUGAGGCCCUGAGCCGCAUCUGCCACCGCCUGAUUCGGCAAUACCCCAGCCACGUGCCCAGCUUCUUAAGCCAGACCCAGGGAUACCUGCGGAGCCCAGAGGACCCCUUGCGCCAUGCAGCCACUGUGCUUAUAGGCCUCCUUGUCCAUCAUGCUAGCCCCGACCGCAUCUGCCAGGAUCUGCUGGACUCCCUGUUUCAGGACCUGGGGCAGCUGCAGAGUGACCCCCAGCCUGCAGUGGUUGCAGCGGCGCAAGUGUCUGCUCAGCAGGUGGCGCUGCUGACCCAUGCCCAGGGCCGACCCCGUGGCCCCCUCCAUCUCUGCCUACGCCCGGCCCCACUCUGUGCCCGGCCCACCCGGCCCCCUCCGGUCUAUGCUGACAGCCCCUUCCAGCACCGUAGCUUUGCUGGCCACUGGGGCUGCUCUGGACUGCGCCCAGCCUGAGGAUCAGGGGUCUGACUCGGUCACCCCACCCACACUGGGUCCAGUCCCGGCCCUGCUUGAGGGGUACCCUGGGCUUGGUGCUGCACUCUGGUGCCUAACCUUCAGGACUCCUCUCCAGGUGCCACCACCUUGACAGCCAUGUGCCAGAGAAAGACAGCUAGCAUCCUCUGUCCCACCCCUCCCCCGUACACAUGGGUGCAUCUGCCCCCACCUGGCCUCUUGUUCUAACAGUCCCCUGGAGUGUGCCCUGCACCCCAACCUUGGGCCUGGUGGGGGCAUUGAAACUGGUGCCACCACAGGCUACCCUCCUACCCCUUCCCAGGCUUCCACUUGGUGCCUGGCCCUGGCUCUGGGGCCUAUCGGGGCCUUCUCAGCCAUCCCUAUAACCAUCACCCUUACUCCUUGCCCUGUGCCGGUCCUUGCCGGCAUCUGGAAGUCCCUGGCUUAUGUUCUCUCUGCUCAAGAAGUGUAGACCUAGGCUGGGUGUGGUGGGUCACACCUGUAAUCCCAGCACUCUAGGAGGCCGAGCCAGGGGAUCAGGGGUCUGACUCAGACCCUGCAAGGAUCCCUUCAGCUCAGGAGUUCAAGACCAGCCUAAGCAAGAGUGAGACCCCAUCUCUACUAAAAAUAGAGAAAUUAGCCAGGCAUAGUAGCCGGCUCCUGUAGGCCCAGCUACUCAGGAGGCUGAGGCAGGAGGAUUGCUACAGCUCAGGGGUUUCAGGUUGAUGUGAGCUAGAUUGACACCACUGCACUCUAGCCUGGGUGACAGAGUGAGAUUCUGUGUCAAAAAAAAAAAAAAAUGUAGACCUGUACUGUCCACACCUGGUGUCACCUCUCAGCCUGGCCAACAUCCCCGUCUCCCCGCUUCAUCAUAUCAAGCCCCACCAAAACAUGGCCUUCUCCAGAAGACACCCCUGACCUCCCCCUGCCUUGACUGCGCCUGUGGGCCUGGGUAUAGGUGCUGCAUGCCUUCCCCUACCAGACUGACACCUGCAGCAGCACCCGGAACCCUGCACAGGGUUGAAUGAGGAAUGUGUACCUGGAUACAUAAGGGAAAGGCCUCUCCAGCCCUGGCUUGGUGGAUUCCCCCACCUUGAAUGCCUGCCUGGGAAUGUUAUUACUCUGCAAGGCCUCUUUCCCAGUCUUCUCCUUAGAGAGGCCACCUCACACACACCAGAGUGUGCACAGCCUCAUAAAGGCCUGGGGCCUUCCCCAGACUGGGCCCAGCAGGGGCAGGCAUGGGGUCUUUCCCUUACUGUCUCCCUAGCUCCCACAUGAAGGUCAGCCAUGGUGGCUCACACUGGCAGUCCCAUUGCUUUAGGAGACCAAGGCGGGAGGAUCACUUGAGAGUAGGAGUUUGAGGCCAGCCUGGGCAACAUAGUAAGACCCCAUCUCUACAAAAAAUUAAAACAUUAGCCAGUGUGGUGGUCAGUGCCUGUAGUCCCAGCUACUUGGGAGACCGAGGCAGGGGAUUGCUAGAGCCCAGGAGUUCGAGUCUGCAGUGAGCUAUGAUGAUGCCACUGCACUCCAGCUUGGAGACAGACCGAGACUCUGUUUCAAAAAAAUAAAAACAAACACAUAUGGAUGGAAGAGGUUGGUAUCUGUCUGAGAAUGUGAUUAGGAUGAGCUGACUGGCUCAAGAUCUGGCCUGGGCUGGGGUAACAGGUUGUAAGGACUGGUGUGGCCUGAGGUGAGGGUUAGUCUUGCAGCAGGGUUUUUAAGGUCAGGCAGGUUUAGGGUGGAGGUUGUGCCUGGGUUCAGGCUGGGUUUGCCCUAAGACAAAGAGAAGCUUUCCUCAGCUCCAACACCACUGGAUAGACAGGGUUGGAGCUCAGGACUGGGGUUGGGUUUCUGUGUAGAUCAUCCUCAGGGCAGGUUGUGGAGCCAGGGGCAAAGUUUGGUGGAUUUGCUCAGGUCCUUCAAAGCAGAUGCCAAAACAGAAUUAAACAUACAAGAAAUGUACAUACAGUCCCAAGUUACAAACAUCAGGUGAUGUAUGACUCACGUUUAUGAACAGGGGCUAUUACAGAUAAUGGGUAAAUGUACCUGUUUCAACUUACGUAUAAAUCCAACUUAGAAAAAAGCCUACAGAACCUAUUUAUUCCUAACCUACAGACUACCUGUAUGAGGAAAUCCUGGAGAGGCCAGGAGUCUGUCAGACACUCAGUAAAGGAAAGAGGGAGGGAGCAAAGGAGAUUGUGGGCAUCCCUGCCAGAAACACCCAUAGAAAGUGUGGCCUAGCACAAGCCUGGGGUGGCUUUUGGGAUGCAGCCAGCAUGGAUCCCCUCAGUGGCAGCCCAGUGAGCAGCCUGGCCCCCAGCUCACCUGGCUCCCUCACCUGAGAGCCAGACCCUGGAUCAAACCUGUGAGACCCACUGCCUCCACCAGGUACAAGUGCUCUGCGUCCCACAGCAUGGUGAACUAACUCAGAUGCUGAGAAGGUGGCUCCCCAUGGCCAUGCACCUGUGCCCUGUUCUAUAGCAGGCAUUGGGAGCACAGGCUUUCUCUUGUAUGAUGCACCUGCCUAUUUUGAGCCUUUUUUUUGCAGUUUUUGGCCAGGGCUGGGUUUGAACUGGCCACCUCCGGCAUGUGGGGCCAGCGCCCUACUCCUUUGAGCCACAAGCGCCAUCCCAUCUGCCUAUUUUGAGUAUGUGUCUACCCACGCAACUGCUGGAAGCCACACUGGACUCCCUGCCAGAGUAUAUGAAGUUUAUGUCAAAUCCAUGCAGCCUCUUGGAGUGGACCCUCCACGGGGAUGCCACAGCUCCAAUUCCCAGGUCCACCAGAUCCACUGCAGAAGGCGGGCCCAGAGGUUAGUCUUCUGACUGGGGGCUGGGACUGGAGCAUGAAUGAGUGGCUGUACCCUGACACGUGCACUCCCCUCUCACAGGCAGCCUCUGGCCACACAGCCAGGUCAGUCUCACUUUUGACACCCAAAUGUUCUGAUGGGCUGUGUCAUAAGAGAGCACUGGACUGUCCAAAUAGGGCUUGGAUGUGGCUGGCCAAGACCUGUCUUAUGGACUGGCCUUGAAGGUCUCUGGGCCCCAAGGGCAGUCCCUUGUGUGCCCACCUUAGUGCCUUCCAGGACCUGGCAUGCCCAUCCCAUGUGUCCUUGGUUUUCAAAGGAGGACCAUGAGACUGAAAGGCAUUGAGCUGUUCACUCCAUUGUGUAUGGGUGGCCAGACUCAAGGUGUCUGUAACUCGGAUGUAAGAUAUUCUGGAUGCGCUGUCUUCUGUUUCCAGUUUUUUUGUUUUGUUUUGUUUUGUUUUGGCCAAGGCUGGGUUUGAACCCGCCGCCUCCAGUAUAUGGGGCCGGCGCCCUACUCCUUGAGCCACAAGUGCCGCCCUGCCUUCUGUUUCAAUACUAAUUUCAUUAUUGGACUUGAAUCUCACAUAUUCCUGGAGGCUUAAUGUCCCAGUCAUAGCCAAACCCACUGUCCCUUCUCUUUAGCAAGUCCUGCAAGGCAUGGGUUGAUGGUGUACCCUGGUGGGGUGGAGGCUGGGUGAUGCCAGUGGGUAGACUGCAAUCCCCGCUGAUGCGGGCUAUCCAAGCUCUCUGCUCCGUCAUGCUGCAUGUCUCUCCUGGGUCCCUACGAACUGUGAAGUCAACGACUCUGAGAGUGCCGGACUCCCAGGGGCAUGGCCUGGGCC